UGGUUUGGAGCGCACAGAGAGGGGAAAAAAAAGAAGCGCUUACCAAAGCCGGACUGACUGACUGACUGACUGACUGCAUGCAGCUGCUCACCGGGUGGAUCAGAGCGUCUCCGCGGCUCAGAGGAGAAGUGGGAGUAGAAGCUGAGCAGCGUUUCAUCUGAACCGUUUACUCCAGCCUGACGCGGAGCUGCUUACUCCGUAAGGAAUUAAAACUUCGGAAUGACCGAUGCCCGAUGAUCAGAAGGACAUUCCCCACUGAUGGCAGUGAUGGAGAACGAGACGUGGCAGCACCCUUCAUACAUGCCCCAUUAUCUCCUCCACGGUGACCCUUUCGCCUCCAAGCUCUCCAGAGAAGCGGAUAUUGUUGCAGCUUUUUACAUCUGUAUUAUAGGAAUCAUGUCUGCGACAGGGAAUGGCUACGUCAUUUACAUGACCAUCAAACGCAAGACCAAGUUGAAGCCUCCUGAGCUGAUGACUGUUAAUCUAGCCAUCUUCGACUUUGGCAUAUCAGUGACAGGAAAGCCGUUUUUCAUCGUGUCCAGUUUCUCCCAUCGCUGGCUGUUCGGCUGGGAGGGCUGUCGAUUCUACGGCUGGGCGGGCUUCUUCUUCGGCUGCGGGAGCCUCAUCACCAUGACUGUGGUCAGCCUGGAUCGGUACCUCAAGAUCUGCCAUCUCCGAUACGGCACAUGGCUAAAACGCCAGCACACCUUCCUGUGCCUGGCCUUCGUAUGGAUGUAUGCAGCCUUCUGGGCCACCAUGCCCCUGAUUGGUUGGGGGAACUACGCCCCGGAGCCCUUCGGGACCUCCUGCACACUGGACUGGUGGCUGGCACAGGCCUCCGUGUCCGGCCAAAGCUUCGUCAUGGCCAUCCUGUUCUUCUGUCUCGUCCUCCCCGCCGGUAUCAUCGUCUUCUCCUACGUCAUGAUCAUCUUCAAGGUCAAGUCCUCUGCCAAGGAGAUUUCACACUACGAUGCCCGCAUCAAAAAUAGCCACAACCUUGAGAUAAAACUCACAAAGGUGGCGAUGCUGAUCUGUGCGGGCUUCUUGAUAGCCUGGAUCCCUUACGCAGUGGUGUCGGUGGUGUCAGCAUUCAGUGAGCCGGACACGGUGCCCAUCUCCGUGUCUGUUAUCCCUACCCUGCUGGCCAAGUCCUCGGCCAUGUACAACCCCAUCAUCUACCAGCUUGUGGACCUGAAAAACUCGUGCUCGUCCUGCUGUUUGAAGGUCAUGAAAAAACGUAGGCAUUUUAGAAAGUCAAGGUUUUACACCAUCUCUGGCUCUUUAAAGGACCCAGCACCAGCCAAAGAAGCUCACAUUGAGAUGUGAGGCGAACUCUUUAGACUGUGGGACCUUCUGAUCUCUGCUCCUUUGGACAGUUUGCCUUGUUCCCUGCCUUUUUGUGCCCCACACCUACCAAUCACUCGAUGCCUGUCAUCUGCUGUGACAUCCUCCAGUGCUCACCUUUGUCGGCGGUGGAUUCCGGAGCCAACUCUGCUUUUCCACACACAAUGGACGCCCAUGUGUUUCCCGCAGCUCCCUACCUCCUCCUGCACGGAAACACAUCUUUCCCACAAGGUUUUCCUUCAUCUGUGGAGUUGCGUCGUCUUUACAGUGGUUUGCAAUGUGCAAGUGAUGUGUUGCUCGACUUUUAUUUAUUCAGUAUUACGGACAAGCUGCCUGUCAGUGCUGUAAACAAUCAAGAUGUUACUAACUGAUUCACCACAGCGUUGUUCUCAUAACAGACUCAGGUUUGAAAACUCGAGAGCUAUAUCUGGGACUUGACUUUGGUUGAGGCUAUAACUCUUCUGGAAUCCAAAUCUUGCAAAGGCGUAAAAAUAAAAGAAAGAAAGUAAAAGAUUAAAUUUAUUUUCAACUAUGUUUCUAAAGCUGAGCUGCAAAUUAAAAUGUUAAAAAAAAAAGAAACAAAAAUAACGUGAGCCAUGUCAGGUUUAGAUGUUAAAGUUUAAAGUUGUAUUUUUACUGUUUGUACAGCAUGUUGUCUUUUGUACUCCUGCACCUGUGGCUUGUAUAAAGUAGUUACAUCCAUGCCAAAAGGCACUGGAUCACGUUAGCUUAUCAGCUGUUAAAUUGCACAGUAGGAGAUGAUGUGCAACUUGUGAAACUGAGGCCGAGUCCUUGCGCUGACAGGAUAUUGUAGUUUUUGCAGCAUUGAUGAGCACAGAUCAAGGUUUGACACUUCACAAGAAAACACACACAAAUUCACACACACAGGAUGAGUGCACUUUACCUUUAAAACCAUUCAGUAUGCGGUCAGGACAGUUUCCUGUUUUUCCUGUUUUCCUUUUAUAUGUAGUCAUCUGUAGUGGCGAUGAAGAAAUGGGCAGACAGAAAAAAAAUAUUUUUGUGUCGUUCUGUUAGUACCUACAGUUGUGGCCAUGUGCAAACGAAGUAUUGUUGUUAAUUCAGGGACCAUUUUUGUAUGUAUUUAUUGUUGGUUUAUUGUUUUGUUUCUUUUUGCCAUAUUCAGAUCUAACAGCACCUUUUUCCAUGAUGCAGAGAGUGAUUGCUAAGAAUUAGAUGAAAAAAAAAUCUCAUGUCUACUUGUUAUGUAUGAGUUCAGCAUGAACAUCGAAAGCAGAAGGAAACAGCUAGCCCAGGUGUGUCCAGUGUUAAAAUAUAGUCCUUCUAGGGCAGGGCUUCAGACCAGAUCAUUUUCAGUUUAGCGCCUCUAAACACGUGGUGAAGUCCGAAAAAGAAGACAUGGAAAUAUUUGCUCUAACAACAAAGGUGCUGUGUUGGUUGUUAGGUUUGUUUAAGGUGACCAGGCGCCUCUGAUUUCAAGGGACAGUCCCCGUUUUGGAUGACCUGUCCCCCGCCUAAAGCUGUCCCCGAAAAAAUGGCCCGAAUUUUAGCGUUUUAUGAAUGAGAAAAAAACAGUUAUUACAGGGGCUGGUCGCGCUGCUAUUGAUAUUCCAGGCAAAGCUGUUUUAAUAUGAAUAAAUAUGUCAAAAUAAAUGAAACCAUGAUUGUAUUGUAUUAACGUAACAGUCGGCUUAGUGUGAACACAUUCAAGACCAGAUCUGAUUAUUCAGACCACAUGUGGAGGCGGUUUUAGCCACAUAUGCCCACUUUAUUUUGACCCCUUGAACAAAUGGUGAUUUAUAUUUGUGACAGGGCGAAAAAUAAAAAUAAUGUUUGGCAUCCAAGUGGUAACAUUGGUCAUAAAUCAUGAUAAAACCACUCCUUAGAAACUGUUGGCAUCUGUCCAGUUUAGCUAAUGACCGGGAAACUUAAUAUAUGAAAUGCAAAGGAAUAAUGAAAGGAAUAUGGGUAAUUCCAUUAUAAACAAAUGGCCUCAUGUUGAUUCGUGCAAAGUAGCCAUGUGGAGUUAAGUAAGCAUGGUUCCUCAAUAGUGUCCAGCAUCUUAAUUUACCCUUGUUAAUGAAGGGCUCUCCUCUUUCAGCAGCUGACUGGUUGCAGGAGCGAUGUUACUGUGUAUAUGGACACUUCCAGAGCUUGAGUAGCGAUAGAACCUUUGCACAGGUCUCUAAACAAAUGCAUGUCAGGAAUGGAGAUACGGAGAUGAAUGAAUAGCAUAAAGGAUGUGCUUUUUGGUGAGCAACAGAGGGAUUAAAGUAACUGCGUUCCAGCACUGCUCCUUUUUUUGAUCAUGUGGUGCACAGCCCACACAAACAGCACUGUUCUUGUUUCGGAAACAGUGGUAGUGAUAUAGUGACCCAUUGUUUUGAGACAGCAACUGGAACCAAGAUCCGUGGUCACUGGAGAUGCAUGUAGGGGUAGGUUUUAGUACAGUUUUUUAGUAGUUUGAGGUGCUUAUCGGCUGAACUUUGGACACAGUCUGGGUAGCUGAUUCCUUUAGACUCCAGUACUUACAGAUAUGAGAGCAAUAACUUGAUGGACUGGUAUGACCUUUGAGGUAAAGGCUCCUGAGAACAACGGAUGUAACUCAGCUAGCACCGUUGCUCACAAGUUUAAUCUUCUAGCAUGUUUACUGCCAGCUGGCCACUGCUCCAUCAAUCUAUGUAAUCACAAAAUAUCGUCAUUUAGUCAUAUGUUUUAUUAUUAUUUUUAUUUCUUCUAAUUAGUGUAUUCAAUCUGCUUGAUUAGAAGCCAUCCAUCAAGAUUCCAAACACCUUCUCAUCUAACUCUUGGCAACACAGUAGACAAGCCUAUCUCCAAAGAACAAAUUGUAUGUACUUGUACUUGUGUACUUGGUUGAGUGUUUACCUUUUUACCCUGAAGUCUCAUUGGUGAAAAUGUUCCAUACUUUUGUGUUUAAUGUUCAUGUAUGCACAUUUCUGGAAUGAAGAUAAGCAAUAUUCAAAAAUGUUCUUUUCGCUGCUUUGCGCAUGUGUCUGCCAUUUCCUUGAGUUGUUUCAGUCUCAUCUAGUGGAGGGAAGGAGUUUUAUUAGUAGCCUGGCACAUGGGGAAGCUUAGAAAGUUCAACCGCCGGGUUGGGAAGAGUCAUGUGUGAAGCCAAAAAGAAAGAGCCAACUUGCAGCUUGAGGGUAAAUCAAAGGGCGCUGCAGACAAACCAGUAGGACAACGUGCUUUAUAAGUCACUGUAGUGUGGUGCCUAACCAGAGUCUUUGAUUAUAAUCAAGUGCUAAUUAUUUUCUCAGAAAUAUUUGGAUGUUUGAAGGACCAGAAGAUCAUGAAUGAUCAUCAUCGAGUUUUUCUGCUGUUGUAUCACAUCAAAUUUUAUAAAGAUUCUAAGAGGACCCUCCGAGCUCUGCUGGCUAACCAGGUCACAGUCAGUCACUAAAUGUAUGUGCUCGAAACCUCCAGAAUUAAAUGUCCAGACCUUAACCUUGGAACUUUAUGCAGGGACUAGAAGUAAUAGCAACGUUUGGGGAGAACAGUUAAUGUUAGAGAGAUAUCGCUGUAACAAUAUAUUAACCACAAUUAAGUUAUCUACUUUUUGUGGUUUUUCAUAACCUACCUACCUAGUACUACCCCCACUACUCCCUGUAUGGUGAUCAUGAAGAGAUCAUUGUUUAGGGUCAACCAAAAGGUUAAGGUAGGAUGGGUUCUGGUUAAGAAUUAAAAUAUGGUCAAGAACGAAACAGGUUUCUCUUCCACUAGUAUCUCCCUGAGAGUUUGAUACACGCUCUCUGGGCAUUGGUAUUUAAUGUUGGCACUGUUCCAUGUAUGUCGUAUCUCUGAUUAUGAAUACAUCCUACUGUGGUUAAAUCCACGUGUGAGAUAAAUAAUUUGGACCUCUGAUGGACUUUUGCAUAAAAGCGAUAAAAUACUUUUCCUAGGUGUUCCGUUUACUAAAGGGCAAAGUAUCAACUGAUUCUACUCGCAAAGAUAAGUGGCCAACUUUUUCCAAAUGUGUAUAUUGUGCUACCAAUGAAUUGUAUCUUAUUACAACAUUUGAUAUUAAUGUCAUUUGUUUUCACAAAAUGUGACUGAAUGCACUUUGCUAGUUAUACACAGGCCUGAUGAGCCUAGCUUUAUAAUUCUUCUCUCUCAUCUAAAUCCACGAAAGUAGACAUUUUUGUGUUCUGCUAUAGCUCUGCUGGUUGAGCUGGCCUCCCAUACAAUCCCAUAAGACUAUGGUUAGCUGCUUGUCGCCCCCUCUCUCCUCCAUUUCUAUUUCCUUUCCCUUUCCACUGACGACUUUGCUUCAUGCUCUCAUAGGGUCACGCUUUAUUUGGUCUUGAUGAGCCUUUUGUGGUCAUGCCAGACUGAGAUUCUGGUGUUGUCCUCAGUAGCACUGUGCAACUGUCUCAAACACCUGACUGGUGUCAAUUAUGGCUGCAGGAAGUACACCAGCACUCUGUGGAUCGUCCAACAGCCCUUUAGAGCCACUUAUCCUUCCUGUCUAAAUUUAUCCACUGUAAACUGUGUGCAACAAACAAUUACAAACUACUAAUGGAAAAGCCUACAUUUUGAAAAGUGUCUUUUUUUUUUUUUUUUUUGCAUUGCAGCACUGUCCUCUCGUCCAAGACAAAUUUCUACUACGAGGGACAAAUAAAGAAAGCUUGAACCUUAAUGAGGUGCUUUUUCAAACGUACACAUAUAACAGUCGAUUGCAAAAGUGCACUGGAAUCACCUUUUCACAUUUCCCUGUCACCAGCAUAACUGGAGAUGACGCAGGGGGUCCUGUGACCAGCUCAGGUCCAUCUUCCUCAAAGUGAAAUCUGACGUGACAAGAAUUUAAGAGAAUUAUGGGAUAUCAUGAGACAAGACUUUACUUAGCUCAUCCAGUAGCUCAACAGCUCGUUCACAAAACAUUUCAGUGGAAACACGUGCUUUAUCGAAAUUUCAGAAAUAUCACUUUUAUUUUGCAAAAAAUUGGAAUAGAAACGCAGCUAUUGUUAUUCAUGUUAUACAUAUAAAUGACAUACAUUAUUAAUAAAACAAAUUCAGAAAACAACAAAACACUAUUGCUAUCACACAAUACCUAGCUGCUCUUUGGCAAUCUGAAUCAGAAUCCAAUUCAACAGUGAUGAUGGCUCGAGUGAAUCAGUGGGUGUAAAGAACUGCACUGUAUUUUUGUACUGUAGUGUAUUUUUAUAUAUUUUUCAUAGUACUAGAUAAACAUUCCUUUACACUCUGCAAUCUUACAAAAUCAGUGGUAUUUUGUAUUGGAUCACAUUGCACUGUACUGCAUCAGUUGAGUAGCGCUUUAGGUCUGCUUGUUUCCCUUGUAAUGCCCUGCUUGCAUUGAAAUUCUCUGCCAAUAAAUUAUCAUGUUGAUCGAUAAAAUACUUAGUAUAUUUA